AUGGCCAUUGCGGGACCAUUCUUUGUUAUGUUCAUGUUCCUUCCACUGUCUAGCUUUUCCUCACUGCUCUGCUCCGCCCGUGACUACAAUGUUGCUUACCCGCCCACUCCAUUCACCUCACAAGCUCUUUUCACGUUCUCCCAUUCGUCCAUCCAUUCAAACACGUCGUCCACCAGCCUCCUCUCUCUAUCUUCCCUAAAGAUAGCCGCGCUCGAGAGGGAGAAGGAGGAUCUCAAGCUCCAGCUCAAAGAGCUAGAGUCUGAGAACGCAGAGCUGAAGGAACAGCUCGAUUAUCACAAAGGCGAGGGCGAUUACGACAGCCCGCUUGAAACGGCCGAUUAUGACAGCGACGACGACGACGACGAAGAAGGAGACGAGAUGACCAUGGCAUUCAAGGAAAUCAGCGGGCUCAUAAAGCAGCUUGACGCCAAAGAUGAGAAGAUUGAGAAGCUGGAGGCAGAGUUAGCCGCCGUGUACAAAGCUACUGCUACAGCUACAGCUACUACUACAGCUACUACUAUUACUACUACUACUGCCGCCACUGCCACCAAUGGCGAACCAGACCCCUACCACAUCAAUCUAGCCCUGCGCCCAAAGCCAAAGGGUCACCGUGGCAAACAUUACAGUGGCGUUUGCAAGAGGCGAGGUGAUAAGUAA